GUAACCUGAUGUAGGGGCAGCCAGCUACAGGCACUCAUUGCCAAACCUCCAUGAAACAGUGAGUUGGGGGGGGCGGGGAAAGAGGAGCGAAGGGAGGCAGAGAAAGCAGAGAAGGGUGGAUGGGGGAGGGAGAAAAGAAGGAGGUGAUUGUUGGUGAGUUAGGACGAAAUUAUUAAAAGAGAACCAGAGAGAGGAGAGAGGGAACAAACAGAAGAAAAGAGAAGGAACACUGGACACAAUAUUUCAAAAGCAAAAAAGGACUAACAGAAAACCUGGUAAACAGACCAUGUCUGCCAACAAGGACAUGCCACCUCCAAUCCUAAUGCUUUUACUGGCCCUUCUCAAUGGCUCCCUCGCCUUUGUUUCCCCCUACGAGGUCUCAGGGACCAACCACACGGCCACCCUGCCUCUUAGACCACGGCAAAACACCUACGACACGUCAGAGCCGGAUGAUUACUAUGGUCUUGGUUCUGACCCACUUGGCUCACCCCCGCCUAUCCCCUCGCGGAGACCCAGUUCACAGCCCUGUGAUUACGACUCAUGCAGGGAGCACCAGACGCCCUGUUCCCAGCUAGCAGCUUCCAGCGGCUGCCUGUGUCCGGGGGUGACAGGGCCCAACGUGGUUCCUGAAGCUCCCUUCAUCAAGAGGCUAACUACGGAGGGUUCCACAGUGGUGAUUCAGUGGUGUGCUCCAAAUUCGGUCGUGACCCAUUAUAAUGUCACGGUGGGUAAGCUGAAGACCUUUGUGUUUGGGGAGGGGCAGAGGAGUGGUGCUGUCGGGGAGGUGAGCCAGGGGGAGGAGGUGUGUAUGGUGGCAGUGAAUAACAAAGGAUUUAGCGAUCGUCACGUCAAUUCCUGUAAAAUAUACAACCCCCCUGGGAACAACAGUUUGGCCCUGAAAGCAGGGCUCAUAGGAGGGACCCUGGGGCUCCUGCUUCUCCUCUCACUGGCUUUCCUGCUCUGGCGCCACAGGGCUCAGAGGAAAGCAGAUGCCAGGAUCACUCAUACCACGGAGGAAACACUAUGACUGAAGAGAGGCUCAGGACAGAAUGACUCAAGGAUGGCUGUCCAGAACUGAGGCCAUUUACUUUAUACAAAACAGAGCAUGACUACAAGUGUCUACAUAUUUAUAGAGAUACACUUCUCAAUUCCCAUAACACACCCCCUUUUGCUAACUUGAAAUGAAUGUACAAUGCAGAUCCUGAAAACUGGUAAGGUUCAAACUAGAUCCUGGCAAUUAAAAAGUAGUGGUAUUCUCUGUUUUUUGUUGUUAUCAAAACAAAAAUGUAUGGCUAUGUUUUCUUGCUCAUUUAAAUACUUUACAUAUUAUUCGAGAGGAGAAACAAUGUAAACUGUAUGAGAAAAUUAAUUUAAAUUAAUGUAUAAGGAAAUGAAUCAUGUUCUGCAAAGUCAAUCAUACACCAGUUGUUUUCCUCUUCAAAUAGUUGUACUACGAGCUGUCUAGAAAAUCAUUCUUGAAUGAGUUUCUGAUGAAAAUAAUCACAUACUGUAUAUUUACCUGUUAUAAUAUAUUGUAUCCCAAUCCUGUGGUGUUAGGAUCAAAACGACAGAUUCAAUUGAACAGCAGAUUUAGGGUGUCACCAGAUCUUCACAAAUACCACCACAAACACCAAACACAUCCACUGGUUUGUUUGCAGUUGGUUUUGUGCUGUUUCCAGAAUGACCCCUGUGUUGUCUGUUUGCAGUUGGUUUUGUGCUGUUCCCAAAAUGUUCUCUGUGUUGUCUGUUUGCAGUUGGUUUGUGCUGUUCCCAGAAUAUUCUCUGUGUUGUCUGUUUGCAGUUGGUUUGUGCUGUUCCCAGAAUAUUCUCUGUGUUGUCUGUUUGCAGUUGGUUUUGUGCUGUUCCCAGAAUGUCCCCUGUGUUGUCUGUUUGUUUGCAGUUGGUUUUGUGCUGUUCCCAGAAUGUCCCCUGUGUUGUCUGUUUGUUUGCAGUUGGUUUUGUGUUGUUCCCAGAAUGUUCUCUGUGUUUGCAGUUUGUUUUAUGCUGUUCCCAGAAUGUCCUCUGUGUUGUCUGUUUGUGCAAAAUAAAAUAAUAAUAUAAAAUCCUAUCCCAGCAGGAAUUCCUCUGCCUCUCACCAUACUGGCAUUGUAAAUAAAAAUCCCAAUUGACUUCCCUGGUUUACUAAAUGGUUAAGUAAAUGCAUAAGAACACAAGGAUCCAAACAAAAGCACCAAAAAAUGACCUUCUUAAUCUAGAGCCCUACAUUUGUUCUGACCAUGUGACCUGGACAUAUGACCUGACCACAAAUGUAUCUGUCUCUAGGGUUAUUGUAUCUCUGGGUAAUAUUGGAUAUAACAAAUGUAAGGCCUGAAAUACUGUGGGCCAAUGGUCAGUGAAAAGUAACAGUCAGAACACAUGCUCAUGAAAAAAAGCAGACUUAAUGCUGAGGGGUAAUUCUGUAUCUUCACCAGAUCAACCACCUAAGGCAAGCAUGACUCCCUAAAUGCACAUUUAUCAUCCAAUUAUGUGAAAUAAUUUCAAAUAAAUGAAUGCACCGUUUACUCUUUUAAAAUUAUAGCCUAGACAUAACUCAUACACAGAAAUUAUGUUCAUAGAAAGACAACACUCUUGUUUGUUUGGUCAUGACUUUCAUUCAGUUAUUUACCUUUCUGCAAAGCAGAACUUCUUAAGAAAGUAGAAUAUAGCUUGUAACUGACCUCAUUGCAUACCAGACUAGUUCUUUAGUAAAGAGCAUUAUUGAUUUAACCGUGGUUAAAUACCAAUUAAGAAGAUGGCCGGGCUGGAAUGGGUUAAAACAGGUAGGAUUGUAACUGAAACACUUUUUUCUUGUUUUCUUGAAAAUACAGUAAUAGGUCGAAGGACAUAGGUUAGUUAUGCCUUAGAUACUUUCUGAUCACUUUUUUUUUUAGACCCAGUCUGAAAACUGUGGUUGAUUGAAUAUUCCAGUACAGUAGGUGGCGACGUGCGCCUUAAAAUAGUGAUGGCCAAACGAGGCUUCAUUCGCGUUAUUUCAGCAGCAGGAUAUUAUGCUGGCAGCACUCAGAUUUUCCUUAUCACAAUAAAAGCAUUCACUGAAAUGUAUAGAGCAAUAGAGUCUGCAAAUCUAGUCUGUAAUAAAGAAAAGACAAGAACAACAUUGGAACGGACAUUAAACAGAAAAUUACAGACUAUAUUGGCAGACUAUAUUGUUAACUAUAUUGCCUUAUAUAUUUCAACGAUGGCUUUUAUUUUGAAAAAUUCACAAAUGCU